AGGGCGGGGCGAGCGGGGCGGCGCGCAGCUCGGCUUCCUCCGGCCGCGGCGUGCUGCAGGGCGGCCUGUGCGCGUCCUCCGGCCGCUGACCAUGUUCGUGCCCUGUGGGGACGCGGACACCGACCUGUCGGGCUUCACCCUGCUCAUGCCAGCAGUCUCUGUUGGAAAUGUUGGCCAGCUGGCUACGGAUCUGAUCAUUUCUACCCUGAAUAUGUGUAAAAUCGGUUACUUCUAUACUGAUUGUCUUGUGCCGAUGGUCGGAAACAAUCCAUACGCCACUGCGGAAGAGAACGCAGCAGAACUCAGCACCAAUGCUGAAGUAUAUUCUUUGCGUUCGAAGAAGCUAGUGGUUCUUCAGUUACGAUCCGUUUUUAUUAAGUACAAAUCCGUGUCAUUCUGUGAGAAGCUGCUCGGCUGGGUGCGAAGUAGCGGCUGUGCCCGAGUGAUUGUCCUCUCCAGCAGCCAUUCCUACCAGCGUAAUGAUAAGCAGCUGUGUGGCACUCCCUUCCGGUACCUGCUUACACCUUCCAUGCCCAAAACUGUGCAGAAUAAAAUGAACAGCCUCAACUGGAAAGAAAUGGAAAGAAGCCCAUGCAUUCCUGAAAUAGAAGAUUCUGAUCUUUGUGUCCGUGUUCCAGGAGGAGGCAUCACGAAGUUACUGUAUGAUGAAAGCUGUUCCAGAGAUAUCCAGAUGGCAGUUCUGCUGAAAUUUGUCUCAGAAGGGGACAAUAUCCCAGAUGCGUUGGGUCUGGUUGAGUAUCUUAAUGAGUGGCUUCAGAUCAUCAAACCUCGUUUACAGGGUGAUGACACCACAGCCAGCCCCUUGCCGUGGAAAAUACCAAGUUCUUGGAGAUUACUCUUCGGCAGUGGUCUUCCCCCUGCGCUUUUCUGAUCUGGUUUUUUGGUUUUAUACCUUGUAUCCCUGGACGCUGAUUAUCAAGACAACUGCUCAGCAUUCAAUACAAAAAUCUGUAUUACUGAGAAUGGAUUAGGCAACGUUUACUUUUCAUAAAAAUCUUCUCAGAAAAAAUAUUAACCAAGGUCUUUUGCCAUGAUUUUCCUCAGCUAUACCAAAUGUAAAUUUUGUACAAUAAAAUUCUCUUUCCUAAGUAA